GGGAGCUGCAGCCAGUGAUGAGUGAGCGGCUCUGGGCCCCUGAGAGCAGCAACCGGAGGUCCCCAGGACCCGGCGGCCACAUGGGGGAGAGAGCCGGGGCUGUGAGCAGGGAUGAGGCCGGGGGAGAGACAGCAGAAAUCCAGCAAGACCAGCAUGGAGGGAGUGGGAGGAAACUGCAGGGAGGUAUUGGGGUGCAGGAGCUGCAGGGAGGAUUAGGGGUGCAGAAGCUGCAGGAAAGUAUUGGGGUACAGGAGCUUCAGAGAGGAUUAGGGGUGCAGGAGCUGCAGGGAGGUAUUGGGGUGCAGGAGCUGCAGGGAUGUAUUGGGGUGCAGAAGCUGCAGGGAGGUGUUGGGGUGCAGGAGCUGCAGGGAGGUAUUGGGGUGCUGGAGAUGCAGGCAGGUAUAGGGUUGAAGGAGCUGCAUGCAGGUAUUGGGGUGCAGGAGCUGCAGGGAGGUGUUGGGGUGCAGGAGCUGCAGGGAGGUAUAGGGUUGCGUGAGCUGCAAGCAGGUAUUGGGGUGCAGGAGCUGCAGGGAGGUGUUGGGGUGCAGGAGCUGCUGGGAGGUAUUGGGGUGCAGGAGCUGCUGGGAGGGAGAGAGCAUCAUCUAGAAGUUGCAGAUGUUCUGGAGCAGCAGACAGAGAGAGAGAUGAUAGGAAGGAAAUCACUGGAAGAUCAGAUAGAAUCAGAGAAUCUGCAGGAAACCCCAGGAACUCGGUGCAUGGAGCAGCUGGGCAGCCAGACACCACCUGGGUAUAAUAUUACAUUGCUGCUCCAGCAAGGCAUGGACAGAGUGCAGGGGCUGAGUGCAGUACCUGGCAGUCAGCACCAUGCCCAGCUUCUCACAGCUUACUCCAGUACUGAGGUGCAACAUUUGGAGAAUUCCAUCGAAGAGAUGCUGAUUAGACUGGACGAAUUCUGUGCCAUGAUGGACAUUAUAAGAAAAGAAAGCUCUCAAAUUCUUGAAGAAAAAAUUCCAGCAAUUAAACUUCGAGUGGAAGAAAUGAACCGAAUCUAUUCCCGAGUCGAUAAAUUGGAGGCGUUUGUUAAGAUGGUCGGACAUCAUGUGACCUUUAUGGAGGAGGAAGUGACGCAAGCUGAGAGCGAGAGUCUAUCUUUUCCUCAAACCCUUAACAGGAUCUUCCGAGGUGCCAGCGUUCCAACCUUCCUCAGAAAAACAACCUCCACAAAACAAAGAUCUUACGAACUUCCAAAGCUGUACCGAACAGAAGAAUAUUUUCCUUUAAAUCGUGUCUGACCGAAAAAUCCAAAUUGAUUCCAUUUAAGCACUUUUCAUCUGACGUUCAAGGAGAGGGAACCCCAAUAAACCUGGAUUUAAGGAGUCUGAGUAACCAUAGAAAUGCCUCGCAGACUAGAUGUAUCUGUUACUAAACGUACCCUGUGUAAUCGACCUAUUGCGCGAUUAUAUGAUUGUCACUGGAUGGAAGUGUAAAUAGUAGAACGACAGCGUGAUGGCCUGAAAGUGCGGAUACUCGGUAAGGAAUUCUGGAGAAAUCGCUAUUUGGUAAAACGUAACGAGUGGUAUUUUUGCUCGGUCAUUGAAGUCUAUAUUGUGUAGAAAGGGAUUGUGCGUUGCAGACCUUGGUUCCUUUGGCAGAACGGUUUUGUUGUGUUUAUGGGUAAGGUGCGAUCUCAUUCCCUUGUGGUUUAAUAGUUGCCAUCCAAUGCUAGCAUAGGUAAGGAUUUAAAGGGGCAGCCAAGCAGUCUCAUCCUGUCUUAGUAGAAUCCGGUUUUGCGUCACUGCCAGCUCUCCAAGAGCAGUCUCUCAUACAAUGCCUGCCAAAGCAGUCAGCAGGAGGCCUCCUCUCGUAUCACAUGUGCUGUCUCUGGGGCCACAGGAAGCCAGCUAGAGUAGGGCUAAGGAUGAACAUAUAACCUCUGCUGAAUGCACGGCAGCUGGGUUCAGGAUUAACCCUUUACCAGACCAUGUCAGCGCUAGGGAGCAGCAUUGUAAAAUGAGAUGUUUCCUAAGGGAUGUCAGGGAUCAGUAGCAGAAAGAAAUGGACAAAAAUAAAAAAAAACUAUAGUUUGUUUCUUAAAUUAUAAAAAUGUAUGCGGAUUGUUCCGUUAAACUAUAGAUCUAUGCGGAUUGACCCUUACAUUUGGAUUCUGUGAGUAAAAUAUCUCUUCGUCUCAAAGAGCCCUGCUAUACAUUGACACUAUCUUAGGUCCUCGGGAAAGACUGGUACGUUAUUCAUUUUCGGUUGGGCACUGGUGGAUCUGCUGUUGCAAGAAAUAAUGGUUACGGAUACCUAAUAUUCGCUGUCUUUUUAUUAAUAGUUAGGACAGCUAAAAUGUAGGCAUGCACUUGGCAUAUUCUCACCAUUUCUACCUGUCCCCCCAUGGCUUGCAAUUUUUUUUUCUUUUUUUUUAUAUUUAGUAUAAUUUCUGUUUAUUUAGGCUAGUGCUUCUAUUUAUUUGUAACGAUAAACCGGAAAAGCCAAUGUGUUCUAUAAUAUU